GGGUGCGCUUUCGCCUUGCAGCUCUGCCAAGCCGAGGCCCCGGUGCGGGAGGACAAGCAGUCAGUGAGCACCGCGAAUUUGCCGUGCUGGCAGGUGGAAGAGUUCGUGGUGACAGAAGACUGUGCCCCGUGCUCUAAUUUCCAGGCGAAAGCCAGCCCCGAGUGUGGCUCCACGGGGUAUGUGCAGAAGAUCACCUGCAGCUCCUCCAAGAGGAGUGAGUUCAGAAGCUGCCGCUCAGCGCUGAUGGAACAGCACUUAUUCUGGAAGUUUGAAGGGGCCGUUGUGAGUGUGGCCUUGGUGUUUGCUUGCCUUGUCAUCAUUCGUCAGCGACAGCUGGACAGAAAAGCUCUAGAAAAGGUCCGGAAGCAAAUCGAGUCUAUAUAGCUCCCUUCUACCCUUUUACAUGGGUCUGAGACACAGAAAGUGGAAUGGACUGAUUGUGCCCCGGGUUUUUGGAACUUUGUGGUGGCAUCUUCCUCGUCUGGAUCAUUAAUGAGCAGAAUAAAAAGAGCAAAGCAGUUUCCUUCCCUACUGUAACUUGGUUUGGGGGCAGGAAGUCAUGGAGUAGAGGGGGACAGGGGUGGCUACAUUAGGCCCGGUUUACCAAGUACCUGGGGUACGAUUUCAGCCAAAAAGAAAAAAAGUUUAUUUAAAACUCCCGGGGUAUGAUUUCAGCAAAAAAAAAAAAAAAAGGAAAGAAAAAAUUUGUUUCUUA